AUGGCUUCUACAACUAAGCGUGCCGACUUUGAGGCGGUUUUCCCUGCCUUGGCCCGGGACAUCCUCGCCCACGCAAAGCGUUACAACCUCCCCGCCAAUGCGCUUGAGUGGUUCGAGAAAUCCCUCAACGUCAAUGUUCCCGGCGGCAAGCUCAACCGUGGCCUCUCGGUUCCCGAUACCGGUCUUGCUCUUCUGCAGAAGCCCCUGAGCGAUGAGCAGUUCGAGCACCUCAGCAUUUUGGGCUGGUUGACUGAGCUGCUCCAGGCAUUCUUCCUGGUCAGCGAUGACAUUAUGGAUGGCUCCAUCACCCGCCGUGGUCAGCCUUGCUGGUACCGCCAGGACGGUGUCGGCAUGAUCGCCAUCAACGACUCUUUCAUGCUGGAGUCGGGUAUCUACCUUAUUCUCAAGCAGCGCUUCCGCUCUCACCCCGCCUACAUUGACCUCGUUGAGCUCUUCCACGAGACCACCUGGCAGACUGAGCUUGGCCAGCUGUGUGAUCUUAUUACCGCCCCUGAGGAUAACGUCAACCUGGACAACUUCUCCCUCGAGAAGUACAUGUUCAUCGUCACCUACAAGACCGCUUACUACAGCUUCUACCUUCCCGUCGCUCUGGCUCUGAUCUACCUGGAACUCGCUACCGAGGAUAACCUCAAGCAGGCCCACGACAUCCUCAUUCCCUUGGGUCAAUACUUCCAGAUCCAGGACGACUACCUUGACAACUUCGGUGACCCAUCUGUCAUUGGCAAGAUUGGUACUGAUAUCCAGGACAACAAGUGCUCGUGGCUCAUUAACCAGGCCAUCGAGCGUUGCACCCCUGAGCAGCGCCAGCUCCUCGAUGCCUCCUACGGCCGCAAGGACGCUGCUGAGGAGGCCAAGGUCAAGGCCCUCUUCAACGAGCUCCAGCUUGAGAAGGUCUACAAGGAUUACGAGGAGAAGGUUGUCGGUGAGCUGCGCGAGAAGAUCGCCGCUGUCGACGAGUCUAAGGGGUUGAAGAAGGAAGUCUUCGAGUCUUUCCUUGGCAAGAUCUACAAGCGCACCAAAUAA